AUGCAAAGGGUUGAGAUGCAGAUCGAGCGUUUCGACCUCUUCCGUGAAGACAUUGAGGACCUAGUAAAGCUCACGGUUGACAAGAUGGAUAUGUAUCACAUCGUUGGGGCGCUCUUCCUUAGUUUCACCGCCCUCGUAUACUGCGAGGGCAUCAUUCAGGGACCCCAGCCGCCUUUCUUCAUGGGCCU